AGUGUUUAGCGUUGAUAACCAGCUGAUUCCGUGGCUGUCGACCAGUUCUCAGUGUGAAGAGUGUGUAGUGUUGAUCGUGUGACAUUGAAACAAACAGGCCGCAGGAUGAUGAAGCUCGGCCUGUUUGUCGUGCUGUUGGCUAUAUGUGGGAAAGAUGCGACUGGAUCAGCUGGCUUCAUUAAGUCUCCACUGUCAGAAGUCAGACUGACAGGAGGUGGGGUGCAACUACACUGUGAGGCCAUUGGCCGCCCCAUGCCAGAGAUCCAGUGGUGGUAUGAGGCCGAUGACAACGAAAGCUUCUCUCAGCUAUGGGAUGGUGCUCGUGGUAAUCGUGUGCAAAUAAAUGCCACUUAUGUCUUCCAUGCCACCAGUGCAAUCUACCUCUAUGACCUGAAACCAGGGGACUCUGGUACCUAUGAGUGCCGCGCAAGCAAUGACCCUGACCGCAACCACCUGACUAAGAGCCCACGCAUCAAGUGGAUCCGCUCACAAGCCAACCUGAUAGUCAUGGACCAACCAGAGAUAACUACUCUUAUAGAUGACGUGAAAGGCAGCACAAUCUUGUCGUGCAAUCUGACGGACCCCAGCAUUGUGAUAUCCGGUCACAAGUGGCUAAAGGGAGACAAAGUACUGAAGGAGGACGCUGAAACCUCUCAAGUUACUACUUACAAUGUUUCAGAAGUGCAUGGAGACCACUCAGGACAAUAUACCUGUGAGUUUCAAACAACCCCUAUCUUGAGCGAGAUCGUCAAUGUGACAGUUUCUCCCCAUGUUGUGGCAUAUAAGAAGUCUGAGCAUGGGAAUGAAGGAGACACUGGCGUACUCACAUGCAAGUGCAAUUCUUACCCACCUGUGGAACAGUGGAUGUGGUACAAGUUGUCUGAAGAUGGACCCAUGCCCAUUGUGAAUGGAAGCGAUGAUCGUUUCAUCAUUAAGUCCAGCGGCAACAAGACUGAGCUUCGGAUCAGCCAUCUGGAUAUUGAGAAGGACCAGGGAGAUUACAGGUGCAAUGGUUCCAAUUCAGAGGGCAUUGAUGGAGCUGAAAUUUCUCUCCGUGUGCGCAGUCGCUUGGCAGCUCUCUGGCCAUUCCUGGGGAUUGUAGCUGAAGUCAUAAUACUGGUCACAAUUAUCUUCAUCUAUGAGAAAAGGAGAAAGCCAGAUGAAGUGCCAGAGGAUGAAGAUGGUGGAUCUGCCCCCUUGAAAAGUAAUGCUGGAUCAAAUCAUGACAAUGUGAGACAGAGGAAUUCCAGUUGAGAUGACUUGAAUGCAGAUUGAUGAGGAUCCAUUUUGUUCCUACAGUUUUAGAACCUUGCUUCCCUCGCAUUACAGGAUCCAUUACAUUUGGACCAGAUUCAUCCACACUUUACCCUGUUUUGUAUCUACACUAGAAAUGCCUGGCCUCUCCAGGGCCAACAUCUGCUACAUAGUUUUGUUUUUCCAAGAGCUAUUUGAGAUCAGAGGACUUGUUCCACAAGAAUUGAUAAACUAAAACUGCUGACGACCCUAUAGAACAUAUCUAAAGGGCCACUUUUCUUUUUUUAUGUUUAUUGAAAUGUUUGUUUUUUGCACUCUUAUUUAGCUUUUACUUAGAGAAUUGUUCUUCUGCUUGAGACUACAACCUGAAUGUUUUUCACUUCUCUCUACAGACAUAAUUCCAUGCAUCUGUGCUUUGCUGUAUUUUUGUGUAGUUGAGAUGCACCUAUGGCCCCUUUGUGCUGUGGUUAGCAUUUACCUACAGGUUUCCUUUCACCAGCCUCUGUCAUGCUUCACUGCUGUCUGCCUUGUACUGUGUUCUUUCCAUACCUACCCACAAACUUUACCUUUACGCCACUAAUGUGUUCUGUGAAAGACCCUAUUCUGCCUGAGAUCUACUGGAUCACCACUGAUCCCCAGACAUUGCUUACUUUAUUGCAAGUGUUUUAAUUAUGUGCAGGUUAUUUAAUUUGUUUUUCUGUUUAAAUUUUUUUUUUUCUCCUUUAUCGGUCCUGGAGAAUAAUGGUUGUGUAAUUAUUUUUUUCCAGUUUUUCUUGGAAUAUAUGAAUUGUGAGACUUUUACAUUUGGGAUAUUCUACAUUCACACUUUGUCCAGUUUGUGCCUGGGCUUUUUGAAAGUUGACUGAAUUGUUACUUUGAAGAACCAAUAAAAGCUUUCCCCUUUUUU